AAGAAGAACUCCAUCAUUUUAGAUUAAAAUAAUGAACACGUACAUUACCAAACACUUCAAGUUUUUUGAUAGGACUCGUGACUCAUCUUCACCUCCCCCUUCCCCUUCAAAUUCCUUCCCCUAUAUAUACACACUAAACCAGCUCCCUCUUCAACAAAAACAUGGCCGCUACAAGAAGUAGGCACCUCUCUUUUUCCCCAACCAAAGCCGCUGCUUGCGAGACGGCGACGUGCUAUGUUGCGCUGUGCCUCGUGGCUCUCGUCCUCGUUAACGUGCUACGCGAGAGCACGGUAGCGGUUGCCGGAGCGGGAACGGAGAUGCUGCGGGGGCGGAAACUCGGCGGCCGGCGGCAGCCGUGCGAGGAGAUAUAUGUGGUAGGCGAAGGAGAAACGCUGCACACUAUAAGCGAUAAGUGUGGGGAUCCCUAUAUCGUUGAGCAGAAUCCUCAUAUACAUGAUCCAGAUGAUGUUUAUCCAGGUCUGGUUAUCAAGAUUACACCUUCCAGAUUCAAGUAAAUAAAGGUUAAAAGCUGUAAUUAGACGAGCAAGAACAAAUUUCUGGAGAAAUCUUCAUCAUCAUCUUUUUGCCUCUGAUGAUUGAAUAAAGGCAGCUGUGAUUUUUUUUUUUUUUUUCUUCUUUUUUUAUGUAUGGGUUUAGGAAGUGUAUUGGUUGUAAAGAUGUCUUUAAUUGAGAAAAAUGUUAUUGAUAAA